AUGAUGUUCUCUCGGCAAUCCGUUUAUCAAAAGUUGGACUCGGUUUCUGAAAUCGAAGGCUUGUGUUGCGAUAGCGAUGACCGCGGCUCUAUCUAUCAGCCUGACCUCAAGUCGCGCUGCCCUAGUCAAUUCCUACCCAAGUGCGCCAUCAUCCUGGGCGUGGUCUUUCUGGCAUUAAUCCCCGGCCUUGUAUCUUUAAAGUUGCUCACUACCUCUCUCGACGCACUUCCACUGUCAGAAAGGAUUCCGGUUCCCAUCACCCAAUGCGGCACUUCUCCAGAGGAAGCCCGUAGGCUUAGGUGCCGAUUUGAAAUGCACAACUUUGCGUGGGUACCGCCUCAGUGCUACGAUGAUGAGCUAGGAGACGACUGGGACUCCCACGCCGACUGGGUCUGGUCGCGGUCUCCAAACAACAGCGCCGACACGGACGAGAAAUUCAUGGCCGAUUGUCGCGCCGGCAACGUGCGCACUGCCUGGCUGCCCUGGUAUCAACAUAUGGCGCACUGCGACAUCAUCAUGAAGAAGUACAUGCGCUCGGUCAUGUUCUUUCGUCCCAUGGAUAAUUGGACGUCCAACUGGCCACACUACGAGCAUUGUGCGAGGAUGAUGAGUCGCUUUGAUAUGGACCCAAUGCUCUACAAUAGUCAGAUAGGUCUCAAAUUCCCUACCUGCGACUACUCUUGGUUCGACAAGAGGCAAACAACUGAGUCUAUCACGCUACGGCCAGCAUGGCAUCCCACUGCUGACUCUGGGGUACCUCCUUAUUGCAAUAGCGACAUGAAGGUUGUCUACGAAGGUAUCCACAGCCAUGACUGA